CCAGCCCAAACAGAGAAAGCAGGACCAGCUUUCCCGCCACCGAAAAUACCGCAAAGCCCCUUGAAAAAACCCAGUUUUUUCUUGGAAGAACCAACCGAACCCGAAGUCCCCGGAACACUCCAGAAAAGCCCGGAAACUGCCGAGAAACAAUGGCCGACAUUCCGAUCAACUUCACCCAGUUGUCGCAGUUGACUCAGUUGGGCAUCCAGCCCCAGCUGCUUGACUUCAAGUCGACAACCUUGGAGUCUGACCACUACAUCUGUGUGCGUGAAAGCGGCGCUCAAGGAAACACAGUGGCCAUCAUCGAUUUGCACCUGAACUUCGAGGUCACGCGCAAGAAUAUGUCCGCGGACAAUGCCAUCAUGCACCCAAAGCAAAACGUGAUUGCAUUGCGUGCCAACGGCACUGCCUUGCAGGUUUUCAACUUAGGCUCGAAGCAGCGGUUGAAGUCGCACACCCUCGAGAGCCCUGUGGUGCUCUGGAAGUGGUUGAACGACGAGUUCUUGGGGCUCGUCACCGCCUCCAGCAUCUACAUCUGGAACGUGUUCGAUGGCACCAAUAACGGGCCGGAGAAGUUGAGUGACAGACACCACUCAUUGAACAACUGCCAGAUUAUCAACUUUGUCGCGGAGCCCAACCUAAAUUGGUUUGCCGUCACCGGCAUUGCGCAGGAGGAGGGCCGCAUUGCGGGCCACACCCAGCUUUUUUGCAAGUCCAGAGGCGUAUCUCAGGCCAUUGCUGGCCAUGUGUGCAAGUUUGCUCAAAUCAAGUUGAACGGCGCCCCUCACCCCACCAAGGUGUUCUGUAUCGGCAAUAAGGCAGCGCUGGGCCAGGGAAGCUUGCACAUCAUUGAAAUUGACCACGUUGAUGGUAACCCACCGUUCCAGAAAAAGAUUGUGGACAUCUUCUUCCCUCCAGAUGCCGCCAACGAUUUCCCUAUUAGCUUGCAGGCUUCUGACAAGUACGGAAUCAUUUACAUCUUGACCAAGUAUGGAUUCAUUCACUUGUAUGACAUCGAGUCUGGCUCCAACUUGUUUGUGAACAGAAUUACCGCGGAGCCUGUGUUCACUGCCGCGCCAUACAAGGAUGGCACUGGUAUUAUCACCAUCAACAAACAGGGCCAAGUGCUUGCGGUUGAAGUUGCCGAAGACAAGAUUAUUCCAUAUGUUUUGGAAAAGUUAUCCGACGUGCCUUUGGGCUUAUCGCUCGCCUCGCGUGGUGGUUUCCCGGGCGCAGAGAACUUGUUCAACCAGCAAUUCCAGAACUACUUGAAUCAGGGUGACUACGCCAACGCUGCUAAAGUCGCUGCUUCUUCCGAGCAGUUGAGAACCCAGGACACCAUCAACAAGUUGAAGCACAUCACGCCGCAACCAGGCCAGAUCUCUCCUAUUUUGCAGUAUUUCUCCACUUUGUUAGACAGGGGCUCUUUGAACAAGUAUGAGUCGGUUGAACUUGCUAAGCCAGUGUUGCAACAAGACCGCAAGCCUUUGUUUGAGAAAUGGUUGAAAGAGGACAAAUUGACUUCUUCCGAGGAGUUGGGUGAUAUUGUCAAGUCUUACAAUGACCCCGCAUUGGCUUUGGCCGUGUACAUUCGCGCUAAUGUAAACAUCAAGGUUGUUUCUUGUUUGGCGGAAUUAGGUCAGUUUGACAAGAUUUUACCUUACUGCCAGAAGGUCGGUUACCAGCCAGACUACACCAACUUGAUCCAAAAUUUGGUGCGCGUCAACCCAGAUAAAGCUAGCGAGUUUGCUACAUCGCUUUUGGCCAAUGAUGACUCCAGCUUGAAUAUUGAGAGCACUGCCGACUUGUUUUUCUCCCAAAACUUUAUUCAGCAGGGUACCGCCUUCUUGUUGGAUGCGCUUAAGAAAGAUGCUCCUUCUGAUGGCCACUUGCAGACCAAACUUUUGGAAGUCAACUUGAUGCACGCACCUCAAGUGGCAGAUGCUAUCUUGGGCAACCAAAUGUUUAGUCAUUACGAUAAACCAAGCAUUGGUAGAUUAUGUGAGAAGUCUGGCUUGUUCCAAAGAGCUUUGGAGCACUACGACGAUUUGAAGGAUAUCAAGAGAGUCAUCGUACACACAAAUGUUUUACCAAAUGACUGGUUGGUCUCUUACUUUGGUCAAUUGAAUGUUCAACAAUCCAUGGCUUGUUUGAAUGAGUUGAUGACACACAACAUGCAACAAAAUUUGCAGGUUGUGAUACAAGUCGCGACCAAGUACUCUGACCUUCUUGGUCCUUUGAACUUGAUCAAACUUUUCGAAACUUACAAGUGUAAUGAAGGCUUAUCUUACUACUUGUCGAUGAUUGUUAACUUGACACAAGACCCAGAUGUUGUGUACAAGUAUAUUGUUGCUGCCUCUAAGAUGAACCAGAUAAAGGAAAUCGAAAGAGUUGUCAGAGAUAACAAUGUUUACAAUGGCGAGAAAGUUAAAAACUUCUUGAAAGAAGCACAGUUGGAAGACCAGUUGCCUUUGAUCAUUGUUUGUGACAGAUUCAACUUUGUUCAUGACUUGAUUUUGUACUUGUACAAGAACAAGUACUUCAAAUUCAUUGAAGUUUAUGUUCAGCAGGUUAACCCAGCCAACACGCCACAAGUUGUUGCUGGUUUGUUGGACGUCGACUGUGACGAGAACAUCAUCAAGAGUUUGUUGAUGUCUGUGCUCGGUAGAGUUCCAUUAAAAGAGUUGGUGAGUGAGGUCGAGAAGAGAAAUCGUUUAAAAAUUUUGUUGCCUUUCUUGGAAAAGACUCUUGAGGGAGGAUCUACAGACCAAGAGGUUUUCAACACUUUGGCUAAAAUCUAUAUCGACUCGAACAACAGUCCUGAAAAGUUUUUGGAGGAGAAUAACAAUUAUGACACAUUGUCUGUGGGUAAGUAUUGUGAGAAGAGAGACCCUUACUUGGCUUACAUUGCAUACUCUAAGGGUGGCAAUGAUAAUGAGUUGAUUAACAUUACAAAUGAAAACAAGAUGUACAAGUACCAAGCCAGAUACUUGUUACGCAAGUCUGACUUUUCUUUGUGGGAGAAGGUAUUGAACUCGGAAAAUGAGCACAGAAGACUGCUUAUUGAUCACGUUAUUCUGACGGGAAUUCCCGAGCUCAGUGACCCUGAACCAAUCUCGAUCACUGUUAAGGCCUUCAUGGAAAAUGACUUACCCCAAGAAUUGAUUGAAUUGUUGGAGAAGAUCAUUUUGGAGCCUUCUCCAUUCAACGACAACACUUCUUUACAAGGUUUGUUAAUUUUGACCGCUAUCAAAGCAGACCCAUCUCGAGUAGCCAACUAUAUCGAGAAGUUAGACAAAUUUGAUGCUGGUGAGAUAGCUCCAUUGUGUAUCGACAAUGAGUUGCUUGAGGAGGCUUUUGAAGUCUACGACAAGUUUGAAAUGAGAGAUGAAGCGAUGAAAGUGUUGGUUGAGGACAUCAUGUCUCUUGACAGAGGCGAGCAGUAUGCCGAAAAGUACAACACCUCUGAUUUAUGGUAUCAAUUAGGUACUGCGCAAUUAAACGGUUUGAGAAUCCCCGAAGCCAUCGAAUCUUACGUCAAGUCGAGGAACCCUCAGAACUUCGAGCAAGUCAUCGAGAUCGCUGAGCGUGCUGGAAAAGAAGAAGAAUUGAUUCCUUUCUUGGAUAUGUCAAGAGAGACUUUGAGAGAACCAGUGAUUGACAAUGCCGUGAUCAACUGCUAUGCAUCCCUUGGCAAAUUAUCUGAAAUUGAGAAGUUUGUGGCUGGACCAAAUGUUGCGGUAUUGGAGGACAUUGGUGACAAAUUGUUUGAGGCUAAGAAUUACAAGGCUGCAAAGAUCUUGUAUUCCAAUGUUUCUAAAUACUCAAAGUUAGCAACCACAUUGGUUUAUUUGGAGGAUUACCAAGGAGCGGUUGACUGCGCUAGAAAGGCUUCUAACACAUCUGUUUGGAAGCAGGUGAACAGUGCUUGUAUUGAGAACAAGGAAUUCAGAUUGGCCCAGAUUUGUGGCUUGAAUUUGAUUAUCGAUGCUGAGGAGUUGCCAGAACUUGUCAAGACAUAUGAACACAGCGGGUAUUUCAGUGAGGUGAUUUCUCUUUUCGAGAGUGGUCUUGGGCUUGAGAGGGCUCACAUGGGAAUGUUCACCGAGCUUGCCAUCCUCUAUUCAAAGUACAGUCCAGAGAAGGUUAUGGAACACUUGAAGUUAUUCUGGUCCAGAAUCAACAUUCCUAAGGUGUUGACCGCCUGCGAGGAUGCGCACUUGUAUCCCGAAUUGAUUUUCUUGUAUUGCCACUAUGAAGAAUGGGACAAUGCUGCUUUGACAAUGAUUGAGAGAUCCGAAGUCGCAUUUGACCACUCCUCGUUCAAGGAGAUUAUUGCUAAAGUAUCCAACCUCGAGAUUUACUACAAAGCCAUCAACUUUUACUUGGCAGAGAACCCAACACUCUUGGUCGACUUGUUGUCUGUCUUGAAAUCCAAGAUCGACUUGCCAAGACUCGUUAGAAUGUUUGUCAAAUCUGAUAACUUGCCAUUGAUCAAGCCGUUCUUGAUUUCUGUUCUUGACAAAAACAACUCAAUUGUGAACGGUGCAUACCAUGAUCUAUUGAUUGAGGAAGAAGACUACAAGUCCUUGCGUUCUGCUAUCGAGAGUGAAUCUAGCAACAGAUUUAACUCGUUGGACUUGGCCGAGAGAUUGGAGAAUCAUUCACUCAUUUUCUUUAGACAGAUUUCCGCCACCUUGUACACCAGACACAAGAAGUUCAACAAAGCGAUCUCUAUCUUAAAGGGCGACAAAUUGUGGGCAGACUUGAUCCGGACUGUUGGUAUUUCCGGGUCCACGAAAAUUGCGCAUGAGGCCUUGGACUACUUUGUGGAGACAGGUAACCACGAGGCUUUUGCCGCUCUCUUAUACGUAGGGUACGACUUGGUUGAGUACGACUAUGUGCUUGAGAUUUCUUGGUUGCACGACUUGAGUGCUUUCAUCAAGCCAUACGAGAUCUCCGUUGCUUAUGAGAACGGUCAGCGACUUAAGGAGGUAUACGAGGAUUUGCAAAGAAGAAAGGAAAAAGAAAACGCAGAUGAUGAGCCCGCAGCUGGUCAACCUUUGAUGAUCACAAAUGGUCCCAUGAUGGGUCAAACCACUGGUUUGGGCUACCAGCCCACUGGUGCCGGGUUUGGCAAUGCCUUCUGAGGAGGGAAAGAAUACGGUCGUAUCUGAAAAGCAAUACUUUUUCGUGGUUGAUUGGAGUAUAAGCUUAAAUGACACGGCGACGUAUGGUUUAGUCUCUAUAUGAUUGUUAAAAAAUAAACGCAAAGAUAAUGUUGUGUUUCACGCAUAAAUUACGAGAUGGGUGCGUGUGUCGACGAAAGACUGCAAACUGCAUGUCACAUAACUUUCAGAAGUCAAAUGGUUUGUGUUGUUGUCUUACAAACUACGAUCUAGUAGUAUAGGCUAUUGGGCAC